AUGUCCAGCGGCGUCGACGUACGAAGGUCCCGCCCUGGUAUCUGGUCCUACUUCCCCUUCUCGGGCCCCCGACGCCGCAUCUCCGUGUCGCUCCCUCGCAGCGAACCCCCUUCCACUGCCCGCGACGACCCCUACGAGAAGCCCGACCGGCACGCGCGACACCGCUCCACCUCUAUGAACGACUUCAAGACGGCCGCGACUAUGAACGGCGGCCAGCGGGCGCGAUACCUCAAGACAGGUGGCUUCAUUGCCUUCGUCCUCCUGGUGCUGUACUUCAUUGCGCCCAGCGAUGGCCUGGCGAGAGCGGAAUCCUUCUCCAAAGGUCAGGGCCAGACCGCUGCGCCGGGCUCAGCGGCAGUAGCAUGCACAAAGUCGUACUCCAAGGACAAGCCGCUCAUCCAGUAUGCCCUCAUGAUCGAUGCAGGUAGCACCGGCUCCCGAAUCCACGCAUACAAGUUCAACAACUGCGGCCCUACGCCGGAGCUCGAGCAGGAAUUCUUCAAGAUGACGGAGAAGAAGGAGGGAGGCUCUGGACUCUCGUCAUACGAUGCUGAUGCCGAGGGUGCCGCGGCCAGCUUGGACGUCCUGAUGGACUACGCACUCGAGAGCGUGCCGGAGAGCUACCGUGCAUGCUCGCCCAUUGCCGUCAAGGCCACCGCUGGUCUCCGCAAGCUCGGCGAGGAAAAGAGCAACAACACUUUGAAGGCGGUGCGCAAGCGUCUGGAGACCAAAUACCCCUUCCCCGUCGUUUCGGAGGCCAAGGGCGGUGUCGAGGUCAUGCCUGGCGAGCAGGAAGGCGUCUACGCGUGGAUCACCACCAACUACCUCCUCGGCAAGAUCGGUGGCCCAGACAAGACUCCUACCGCUGCCGUCCUCGAUCUCGGCGGCGGCUCUACCCAGAUCGUCUUCGAGCCGACCUUCCCCAAGGAACCCCGCGGCGGCCUCCCCAACAAGCUCGCCGACGGCGACCACAAGUACGAGCUCAGCUUCGGCGGCCGUGAAUUCACCCUCUAUCAGCACUCGUACCUCGGCUAUGGCCUCAUGGAAGCCCGUAACAACCUCCACAGCGCCAUCGUCGACUCCAUCUACCAAGAAACCAAAGAAAGCGGCGACCGCGAAUGGCUCAAGAAGCCCAUCAUCAACCCGUGCAUCGCUCCGGGCAUGAGCCGCAAAGUCGACGUCGCCCUGCCCAAAGACCACGCCCUCGGCGCCACCGUCAGCGUCAACAUGACAGGCCCUGCGACCGGCGCCCCCGCCCAGUGCCGCGGCUUCGCUGAGAAGACACUCGAGAAAGACGCAGAGUGUAAGGUCGCGCCGUGCGCCUUCCGCGGCGUCCACCAGCCCUCCAUCGAGAAGACGUUCGCUCGCGAGGACGUCUUCCUCUUCAGCUACUUCUACGACCGCACAAAGCCGCUCGGCAUGCCCGACUCGUUUUCGCUGUCCGAGCUCAAAGACCUCACGCACCGCGUGUGCCACGGCGAGCAGACAUGGGAUGCGUUCCAGAGCGUUGAGGGCGCGACGAAGGAGCUGAGGGGCCGCCCGGAGUGGUGUCUCGAUUUGAACUUCCAGCUUGCGCUGUUGCACACCGGGUACGAGAUGCCGAUUGACCGCGAGGUUAAGAUUGCGAAGAAGAUCAAGGGUAAUGAAUUGGGGUGGUGCUUGGGUGCCAGUCUUCCACUUCUCGAGAAAGAGUCUGGCUGGCAGUGCAAGAUCAAGCAGAUCCAGUAA